AGCCGCGCCAUGGCGGGAGCCGCGGGGAGCGCCGGAGCGCCGGCCCGGCCGCGGGUGCUGAUCGUGGGCGCGGGCAUCGCCGGGCUGGGUGCCGCGCAGAGGCUUCUAGGGUGCCCGCGCUUCGGCGACCUGCGCCUGCUGGAAGCGUCGUGGCGCGCCGGGGGCCGGAUCCGAACCGCGCAGCUCGGGAAUAAAUUGGUUGAGAUUGGUGCCCAGUGGAUACACGGGCCUUCAAGAGAAAACCCAGUCUUCCAGCUGGCAUCGGAGGCUGGGUUGCUUGAUGAAGAUGCUUUGACGGAAGAAAACCAACAGAUAGAAGUGGAAGGGCAUCCUGUCGGGCCAUCUACCUGGUAUUCCAGCCAGGGGCGGGAGCUGAGUUCCGAGCUAGUGGAUUCCAUGGGGAUCCUCUUUUCAAGUCUUUUGGAAGAAUCGCGCAAGUUUGUGCAUGUGGAUCAAGUGCCGGUGCCCAGCGUGGGGCAGUACCUGAAAAAUGCUAUAGUUAAGAAGCUGGAGGAAUGGCCUGAUGAAGAAGAGUCAAAGCGCCUGGCCAUCCUCAAUUCUUACUUCAAGAUGGAGUGCUGUGUGAAUGGGACUCAUAGUCUGGACCUGGUGGCGUUGGGGCCCUUUGGAGAGUAUACCAUGCUUCCUGGCCUGGACUGUACCUUUCCCAAUGGUUAUGAAGGCCUCACAGACCACAUAAUGGCAUCUCUACCCAAAGGGAUUGUGCUGUUUGAUAAGCCAGUGAAGACAAUUCACUGGGGAAGGUCCGACUUGGAGGAGAUUCCCACAGGCCGAUUCUUUGGAGUGCAGGUGGAAUGUGAAGAUGGCGAGAAGUUCUUAGCUGAUCAUGUCAUCGUUACCGUGCCUUUAGGUUUCCUCAAAGAACACCAGGAGACUUUUUUUUGUCCUCCUCUUCCAUCCCGGAAGAUGGUAGCAAUAAGACAUAUGGGUUUUGGGACAAACAAUAAAAUUAUUUUGGAAUUUGAACAACCAUUCUGGAAGCCCGAUUCUGAAAUAAUUGAGGUGGUGUGGGAAAACGAAUCUCCUCUGGCUGAGCCUCCUGCUGAUUUGCAGAAUACUUGGUUCCAAAAGAUUGGUGGCUAUGUUGUUCUCCAACCACCGGAGAGGUAUGGGCAUGUACUUUGUGGCUUCAUUGCUGGAAAAGAGUCUGAAUUUAUGGAAACUCUCACAGAUUCUGAGGUUCUUACAACUUUAACUCAAAUAUUUCGUAAAGCAACAGGAAAUCCACAAUUGGAUCCUCCAAAGAAUAUAUUGAGAUCUAAAUGGCAGAGUGAGCCUUAUACCAAAGGGUCCUACAGUUAUGUAGCUGUUGGAAGCAGUGGAGAUGAUAUUGAUGUACUUUCUCAGCCCCUUCCUGAGGAAACAUCUGAUUGCAAGCUCCCCCAGGUUCUCUUUGCAGGAGAAGCCACACAUCACACCUUCUAUUCUACCACUCACGGCGCCUUGCUGUCUGGUUGGAGAGAAGCAAACCGCCUCAUCCAUCUCUACAAUGUGCCUGAGUCUCCACAUGCUGUGCUAGAAACUAGCAGUUGAAGCAACGCCUUUUUCUUUGCAAAUUUUCUCACCAAAAGUCAUGAGAAGCAUUAUGAAUACUUUUAACGAGUCUGAUAAAGUUCCAGGAAUCAUUGUUCCGUGACUCAAUUACGAGGAGCACUUUUGUCAGAGGAUGACAAAACUAAUACCUCAACUGUGUGCAUUAUUCAGUUUAAAUAACCCUCUGCUUAUGUCACUAUUUCUACUUCAUCUGUUCCAGGAACGCUCCUGAAGUCACUACAUACCAUGGAAAGUGAGCUGAGGUCUUUAAAUACACUGGCUAAGUUUACACAAUACAUUAAGCCACAAAUAAGCAAAUCCUAUUUUGGCUUACUCAGCCACAGGUAGGAGCAUGCUAAGCCAUAUUGGGAAUUAUUUGACUUUGGCUUACUAUGUGAAAAAACCUAGUAUGUUUGUAAACCUGGUUUACAGCUUGGUCUGUUAUACCAACAAAGCAAAAUACGAUGUUGUGAUAAAGCAGCUAUGGAUUUGCAUUAUGUGAGAACCCAGCUACUGUAUUAAAUGUACUUUUUAUGACAUUCU